AUGUCGCUUUCCUAUAAGGCUUUGGAGGUGGCUUGGGAGGUGAACUGCGUGAUAGACUUCAUUUAUGGCUGUGAUGAUCAGCUCCAGAAACUGAAGAAGAAGGGGCUGCUCUACGGCAUUCCUAUUAGCAUCAAGGAUCACAUUAACUGCAAGAGCCACAUCUCCUCUGGAGUGAUGGUGAAGUUUCUUGGCCAAGUGAAGGAAGAAGACAGCGUCACCAUCCAGGUUCCAAAAAUCCAGGGGGCAAUCCCCUUCAUUAAAAGCAACAUCCCACAGAUGAUGAUAAACUAUGACUGCAGCAACCUCAUCUUUGGCAUGCUGAACCCUCUCAAUCACCAGAAGAGCCCUGGGGGUUUCUUGGGAGGGGAGGGAGCUCUGAACGCAGUGGGAGGCUCCAUCCUGGGCAUCAGGUUGGAUGUAGUUGGCAGCAUCUGCCUGCCAUCCAGCUUCUGCAGGCUGUGUGGGCUCAAACCCACAGGCAACAGGAUCAGGAAACUGGGUGUGGUUUCUCCUACCAUAGGAAUGAAAUCGGUGACAGGGAUGCUGGAGCCGAUGGUGAGAGACAUGGACAGCCUGGCCUUCUGCAUGAAGGAGCUGCUCUGCGAGGAGAUGUUCUGGAUGGAUCCCACCAUGCCCCCCACCCCCUCCUUUGAUGAGGAGGUUUACACCAGUUCAAAGCCAUUUUGGACUGGGUAUUAUGAAGAAGACCACUACUUUCAGCUGUCGCUCAGCCUGAAAUGGGCCAUCCAGGAGAAAAGAAAGCUCCUCCAGGAUGCAGGGCAUAUGCUUGUUCCCGUUGCACCACCCAAGAUUGACUAUGUGGCAGAUGAGCUGUUCACCAGAGAUUUUAAAGGAGACAUCAUGGAUCCUAACCUGAAAUCCCAGUUCAAUACUUACAGGCUUCCUGCUCUGGUGAAAAGGAUCUUGGCUAUUAUUUUGAAACCCAUAUACCCACGAAUCGCUUGGGAUCUCAGCGGUCUCUGUGGAGUGGGGUCUGCCAAAAACCUCUGGGAUCAGCAUGGAGCAGUGGUGGGACCCGUGGGGCUGCCCAUAGCCAUGAAGCAUGUGGCCUUGCCGUGGCAGGAGUAG